AUGAUCAUCACGCCCACGUUUGCAGAGAUGGAGGACACGGCACGGGCCGUCAUCCUGUGUUUGAAGCAGUGUCCAGACCUUGUUGACACCAAGAUUGCCAUCAUCGGAGGCGCUGCGGUGUGCAGAUACGUCCCAGACCGCCAGCCAACCGAUGACCCGGAGGACGUCGACUUCAUGAUCACCGUCCCCAACCCUGACUCCGUGAACCGAAGGCUUCUGCAGAAUUACGAGACCUUGUUCAGCGAGCAUGAAGGUAGCUUGUACUAUUCGCACUCAUGCGGUAAACGUAUCAAGGUCGACUUCAGCACUAACUGCCGUCUACCAUAUAUCCCUGCAGCGGCCACCAUCGUCCGAGAGGUCGACAUUGACUGCCUCCCGUACAUCGGCCCAACCGACCUUUUGGUCCUGACCAUCAACCUGUGCGGACAAAGAAACGAGGAAUACUCCCGCAUCGACCGUGACACUGCUGAUGCCGUCUCUUUGGCCGAAGCCGUUAUGCAGCAGGGACCUGUCGUGCUCUCUCCCAUCCAAAGACGAGUUAUUCGAGAUGAGCUUGCAGAGGUUGUCCACUGGGGACCAAAGGAUGAAGAGUGGUGGAGAGGCGUUCUUGCUACGGCUUUGAGUAGCGGUAGUGCACAUUAG